AUGGCUAUGGAUAUAGAUUCAACGAAACCGACUCAAAUAAAAGACAAAGACCUCUUCAAGGCCGCUGAAUCGGGUAAUUCUGAGCUCUUCAAGUCCCUCUCUGAUGACCAGCUUCUCAAAGCCCUCGCUCUCCGCAACGAAGAUGACCGCUCUCUUCUUCACGUCGCUGUCUCUUCUGCUCACACUGAGGUGGUAAAGAUAUUGGCUGCUGCUGACUCUUCAAUUAGCGGUAUAAACAGUGGAGAUGAAGAAGGUUGGGUGCCACUGCACUCUGCAGCAAGUAGUGGGAAUAUAGAAAUUGUAGAGAUUUUGCUCAGCAGAGGUGAGAAGAAACGGAAUUUCUUUGAGUUUUCUUCCUAA